UCCUAUCCUGCCUUCCCCACAACACAGAGUCUGAAUCCGCAACCCUGCGAUGUGCAUUGAAAUUCCAGUUUAGAAUACUGAUGUUAACCGGUCUGCCUGCAAAUGUUCAGAGGAGCUGCUUGCAGAGUGGUGCCUUAUCACAUCAUGAGGUCUAUGGAUCAAGAGGCAGAAAAUGUUCCUGCUUCUCACAAAGGCAUUGUUCAUCCUUCUGGAAUUGGUUAUCCAACCAUUGAUGUCUCCCACUAUGGAUCUCAUUCAUGUAGCUCAAUGGCAUCUGCAGUAUUAAGUGGAGAACAUAUGAGUGAAUACAGUCAAGCAGAAAACAGAGAUUUCAAAUGCUACCUAGAAGCUGUAAAACCCCCUGUUUCGUCUGGAGUAGAAAGUCCAAGAAUUGAGAUCACACCAUCCCCUGGACUGUUCCAUGUAACUCCACAUGCAGCCAGUUGUGGAGAGCAAACAUAUCAUUCUCCCACUGUGAUUCCCAGAGUUACUUUACCUGUGCCAGGCUCAGAAAGUAUUGUAUAUAGAGACCCACUCAGUCCUGCCAGUAGUGGUUCAUCCACAAGUUGGCAUUCCUUUGUGUCUCAUGAGUCAAGCUGUUCCCAUUAUGGCAUGUCCCCUCAGACAUCUCCAUUAACAUCCCCGUGUGUCUCACCAAAGAAUGGCUCAGAAGAAUAUCAAGGCCAGGGUGCUCACCAUUCUCCACAAACAUCACCUGUCAACUCACCAUCAACUCACAUUGAAAACUGGCAGGGUGCAAGGUCACCGUCCCCAACCCCCCGAACUUCUUCAAGGUCAUCAUCACCUUGUGGGAAGAGGAGGUACUCCUGUGACCGCUCUAGAACGCCUUCUCCUCAAGCUUCACCAAGAGUUAUUGCAAUUGAAGAAUCCAAUGUACACCAAUUUUCAAAUUCUGCCAGUCUGGCCGACGCUAUGAGUACUCUCACCACCGAUUCCAACCACGACUUAGGCGAAGUACUUCCAAUAAAGGCUCGGAUCAUGGAUCUUACUCCACCAUCCUCCCUUAAAACUGACAUGUGUAAAGAUGAAAAACUUGCUAGCUUUGCCACACUGAAUUUUGCCGAGCUUUCAGGGCAGUGUCAGGAUGUGAAGAAAGACAUCUACAGUAUUGAUCCAUUUUUCCUGAUGCCCCCUCAUCCAUUACAUCGGACAAAACCCAAACCUCCCUGCAGCAUCCCUUCUCUUCCUCCUUUGGAGUGGCAGCUGCUGAGUUCAUCAGAACCAUAUGAAUUGAAGAUUGAGAUACAGCCCAAGCCUCACCAUCGGGCACACUAUGAAACAGAAGGCAGCCGGGGCGCAGUUAAAGCUCCUAAUGGAGGUCAUCCUGUAGUCCAGCUCCAUGGCUACAUGGAAAAUAAGCCUUUAAGCCUGCACAUAUUUAUUGGAACCGCAGAUGAGCGGCUACUAAGACCACAUGCCUUCUAUCAAGUCCACCGCAUCACUGGCAAGACAGUCUCAACCACCAGCUACGAGAAAAUCUGUGGAAAUACAAAGGUUUUAGAAAUUCCACUUCUUCCAGAGAACAACAUGAAAGCAGUGAUUGACUGUGCUGGGAUACUGAAGCUGCGAAAUGCUGACAUCGAGCUGAGGAAAGGGGAGACUGACAUUGGCCGGAAGAACACCAGAGUGAGGCUUGUAUUUCGAGUACACAUUCCUCAAGCCAAUGGCAGGACAGUGUCGCUACAGGUUGCUUCAAAUCCCAUUGAAUGCUCUCAGAGAUCUGCACACGAAUUGCCAAUGGUGGAAAAACAGAGCACGGACAAUUGUUUCGUUACAGGUGGACAACGGAUGAUUCUCACUGGUCAAAACUUUACGACCGAGUCAAAAGUCCUUUUUACAGAGAAGACUCAUGAUGGACAGCAGAUAUGGGAAGUUGAGGCAACAGUGGAUAAAGAUAAAAGCCAACCUAAUAUUCUCUUUGUUGAAAUUCCACGCUAUCGGAACCAACAUAUCCGCACACCAGCUAAAGUAAACUUCUGUGUUGUUAAUGGAAAAAGGAAAAGGAGCCAACCACAGAGAUUUACGUAUCUCCCUGCAGUGCCUAUAAUUAAAACAGAGCCAACAGAUGAGUGUGAAGACACCAUAUUCUGCAGCACUGUACAUCAUAGAACCAUGUCUCAGUUUUAUUCUACACAACAAGUCAUGACCCCUGUAAUGGUCACUAAUCCCACUUCCUGCCUUGCAGGAAGCUUGGCUUCCUGUCGUACUGGAUUUUCUUCACAUGAUUCAAAGUACCAGCAGCAGAAUCCAACAGGAGUUGUCUAUCAAAGAUCCAAAGGUGGCAGUCCUAAUCAUCUUGGCUAUCAACCAACUGCUGUGAUGGUGCCAUCCAUUCCCAUAAUUCAAGAUGCUCACAAAUCAGUAUUGGUGCAUGCUGGGUCACCUGUCCAGUCUUCUAUGACACACCACUCUCCAACCAAUCAGUCUUCCACCAUAAUUCAUCAUUCCCAUAACAAUCAUGAGUCUUCUUCCAUGAUCCACAAUUCUCCAACAAAUCAUCAAGCAUCUCUGAUCCAACACUCCCCAACCCAUCAGCAGCUAUCUUCUAUGAUUCACCAUUCACCAACCAGCCAACAGUUGAGAUACAGCACCCAGCAGGACUACCAAUGCCAGGUGUAUUCAGAGAGUGAUGCCCAUGUGCCCAUUGUGCGGUCCACUACACCACAACAUCACGUGCAAAAAAAUAGCCCAAAUCAAUAUGCAGCCGUGAUUCAGCAACAGCAGCAAACAUCCAAUGCAAUCCAGAAGGUCUCAAAAAAUGGUGCUUCACCAUCUCAGCUCCCACUGAUACUGGAUCAACAGGAGAAGGAAACUACAGUUGCUGGAGUCACAGUGAAGCAAGAACCACAGAACCUUGACCAAGCAUAUCUGGAUGAUGACACUACAUGGGACUUCUUCCAAAGGCUGGAACACUUUAAUAAGUUAAUGAAAUUAUAAGGAAAGAUCUUUCUGGACUCACAGCAACAAGCCAGUCAUAGACCCAACAAAUUGACAAUGAAUGUUUCCCAAUACUCUUGGAAAUUCUCUCCACCUCCAGUGACGCCCUGUGUUUACUAAUGGGUCAGUCGAAGGGUUCAUACUCAGCUGCACAGAACAAUAUCCUGGCAAGGAGUUGGCUACUCUGACUAAUCAUCAUGGGAACUUCAGCUUAGCAAAUUUUUCUCAUUAUUUCCAUUCAUUCAGAGUCCUUAUUUGGUCCAAAAGCUGUAUUUUUAGUUUACUCUUGUUAACUUUUAGUUGAUUGGAUCACACCCAUAUCCACUCACAUUUUUAAAAUGGACUGAACAAC